AUGGCAUCACAUGAAGAAUUUAUUAGAACACAGAUCUUUGGAACUGUGUUCGAGAUUACUAAUAGAUAUACAGACUUAAAUCCUGUUGGAAUGGGUGCAUUUGGUCUUGUUUGUUCUGCAACUGAUACUUUAACAAGUCAACCUGUUGCAAUUAAAAAAAUUAUGAAACCAUUUUCAACGGCUGUUUUGGCUAAAAGAACCUAUAGAGAAUUAAAAUUAUUAAAACAUUUGAGGCAUGAAAAUUUAAUUGGUUUACAAGAUAUUUUUUUAUCUCCUUUAGAAGAUAUUUAUUUUGUUACUGAAUUACAAGGUACUGAUUUACAUAGAUUAUUACAAACAAGACCCUUAGAAAAACAAUUUGUUCAAUAUUUUUUAUAUCAAAUAUUACGUGGUCUUAAAUAUGUUCAUUCUGCAGGUGUUAUCCAUAGAGAUUUAAAACCAAGUAAUAUCCUAAUUAAUGAAAAUUGUGAUCUUAAAAUUUGUGAUUUUGGUUUAGCAAGAAUACAAGAUCCACAAAUGACAGGUUAUGUAUCAACAAGAUAUUAUAGAGCUCCAGAAAUUAUGUUAACAUGGCAAAAAUAUGAUGUUGAAGUAGAUAUUUGGUCUGCAGGUUGUAUCUUUGCAGAAAUGAUUGAAGGUAAACCUUUAUUCCCUGGUAAAGAUCAUGUACAUCAAUUUUCAAUUAUCACUGAUUUAUUAGGUUCUCCUCCUGAAGAUGUAAUUAAUACUAUAUGUUCAGAAAAUACUUUAAAAUUCGUUACAUCUUUACCUCAUAGAGAUCCUGUAUCAUUCAGUCAAAGAUUUAAAAAUGUUGAACCUGAUGCUGUUGAUCUUCUUGAAAAAAUGUUAGUAUUUGAUCCAAAGAAAAGAAUCACUGCAGCUGAUGCAUUAUCUCAUCCUUAUUUAGCACCUUAUCAUGACCCAACUGAUGAACCGGUAGCAGAUGCUAAAUUUGAUUGGCAUUUCAAUGAUGCAGAUUUACCUGUAGAUACUUGGAGAGUAAUGAUGUAUUCAGAAAUUCUAGAUUUCCAUAAGAUUGGUGGCACUAAUGGACAAAUUGAUACAAACGCUACUUUUGAUGAUCAAGUCGCUGCUGCUACUGCUGCUGCUGCUCAAGCUCAAGCACAGGCACAGGCACAUGCUCAGGCACAAGCACAAGCACAAAAUCAGCAAUCUUCGAAUCAAGUAGAUUCACAGACUGUUCAAACUACUUCAUCGACCACUGGUAAAGCAAAUGAUGUUGAUCCAAGUAAUAGCAACAAUCCUCAAGAUGAGAAAAUCAAUGCUAAUGAACAUGAUUCUAUAACUACAUUUGCUAAUCAAGCUAUUCAUUAUGCUAACGAAUUCGAACAAUCUUAA